UCGUCCAAAUUAUGAUGACUCAGAGAACGGACCACGCAAAAUUAGAAAAUCUUUAUUUGAUAAAAGACCUUCUGAGAGUUCUAGCAAAUUCGAGAUUAACAUUAUAAUGGAAAAUAUAAAAUUUGUUUUCCAAGAGGAGUUUUCUGUGUUAACAGUUUAAAAAACGCACUGAAGCAAUGCAUUCAAGUGUUUUUUGACCAAAGAGUAUCAUAGAAACAACUGGAAUAAAUAUGGUCAUGCGCAAUCUUAACGCAGAGAUGGUCCACUUCAAUACAACUCUCUAAAAGAAGGCGGAUUUUCAUUUUUUUCGCGGGAAGUUCUUCUGUGCAUGCUGGAUGUAUCUUUGCAGGUCACGCAGGUUUCCUUAAAAUAAUUGAUAAGCAUACUUUGAUUUUUCAGUUUAAGCGAUGGACCAAACGGAAAACAACACAUCACACCUCAACGGCUUUAGAUCAUCAACCCUCAGCAUUUCGACAUCACACAUAGACAACUGCUCUUGACAGCUGCUCAGAAAAGUACGAAUCGCUAGAAGGACUAGAAAAGAGAGAAUUGAGUCAGAUGGGUCCAUUAGAUGUUCCAACGUAAUUCCCUGUGACUGUGACUCAAACGCAGUCACUGAGAUGUGCCGCAAAAGAACACACAGUGAAGGUCCGAUAAAGAAGAGGCAGGACUAUCUGGAGUGGCCUGAAUAUUUCAUGGCUGUUGCGUUCUUAUCAGCACAGAGGAGCAAAGACCCUAAUUCUCAGGUCGGUGCCUGUAUCGUGAAUCAGGAGAAUAAAAUAGUGGGCAUUGGGUACAAUGGGAUGCCCAAUGGUUGCGAUGAUGACCUGCUCCCCUGGUCCCGGAGUGCUGAUAACAAGCUGGACACCAAAUACCCAUACGUGUGCCAUGCCGAGCUGAACGCCAUCAUGAAUAAGAACUCUGCUGAUGUUAAGGGCUGCACCAUGUACGUGGCGCUUUUCCCCUGUAAUGAGUGCGCCAAACUCAUUAUUCAAGCAGGUAUAAAGGAUGUGAUCUAUUUGUCAGACAAAUACCAUGACAGUCCAGAAAUGACUGCCUCCAGACGGCUGCUUAACCUGGCAGGAGUCGCAUACAAGCAGUUCGAGCCAAAGAAAAGCAGGAUUGUUAUAGAUUUUAGUUCGAUCAAUCACUCUGGAAUGAACAGUGUCAAUUGUCUAGAUGGGCUGCAGUCACCGUAGACGAAGAACAUGGACGACGACACUCAAAGCUGAAAACACACAAUUUUAUACUUAUAUGAAGUUUUAAUCUUCAAGGUUUCUAUGGGGGUGAUGUAUCAUUCACAAUGGACUAGUUGUUGUUUUAUGGGGUUUUUUAUAAACAAAAAACAUUCACAAACCCUCAUGUUAUUUUAAACCUGUAUCACAUUCUUUCUUUGCAAAGCACAAAGAAGUUUUGAAGAACAUUGGUUACCAUACAACAUUGGACCCAUACAUUACAUAGACACAAAAUAUCUUCUUUUGUGUUACAAAGGAGUUAAUGUGAUAUACAGGGUUUGAAAUGACAUGAGGGUUUGUGAAUGACAGAAUUGUUAUUUUUAGGUAUAUUAUCCCUUUAACUUUUUUGAUGUUUUGAAUGUAUUUUUUAUAUUGUAAUGUACAGAAUACAUAUUAUUCACUUCUUGAAUGGCAACAAGUCAGUAGUUGUCUUAUGGCUGGUUAAUAAGAUUGAUUUAGUGUUCAUGGGUGAGGUAAGAUGAGAAAAUCAAUCUGAAUCAUCAUUAUCGCUAAAUGUAACAUUUACAUACGAGGCCCGGUUAGGUGAUAUACUUAUACAGUUCAUCUCUGUUGCAGGACCUUUCCUCACUACACUUUUUGUAUAUGUUGUCAAUCAUUGAUUUAGAAUACACAUGUUGUCUGUGUUCAGUUUGAGAGAAAAAAUAUGUUAGAAUUUAGUUUUUAAUAGGAUUAAAAUGUCUUAAAUGUGCUAAAAUAUCCGUUUUAACAUUUUUUGGUUCUGUAUACAUUGCUAUAUUGAAAUCUAUGUCUCAAAAUAAAAAUAUAAACAACUAAA